AUGUCCAACAGCAGCUCUAUCACCCAGUUCCUCCUCCUGAAAUUCACAGACACACGGGAGCUGCAGCUCUUGCACUUCUGGCUCUUCCUGGGCAUCUACCUGGCUGCCCUCCUGGGCAACGGCCUCAUCAUCACCACCAUCGCCUGUGAUCACCACCUCCACACCCCCAUGUACUUCUUCCUCCUAAACCUCUCUAUUCUUGACCUGGGAUCCAUCUCCACCAUUGUCCCCAAAUCCAUGUCCAAUUCUCUCUGGGAUAACAGGACCAUUUCCUACACAGGAUGUGUUGCCCAAGUCUUUCUCUAUGUCUUUUUCAUUGCAGCAGAAUAUUCUCUUCUCACCGUUAUGUCCUAUGACCGCUACGUUGCCAUCUGCAAACCCCUGCACUACGGGACCCUCCUGGGCAGCAGAGCUUGUGUCCACAUGGCAGCAGCUGCCUGGGGCGCUGGGUUCCUCUAUGCUCUGCUGCACACGGCCAAUACAUUUUCCCUGCCCCUCUGCCAGGGCAAUGCUGUGGACCAGUUCUUCUGUGAAAUCCCCCACAUACUGAAGCUCUCCUGUUUAGAUGCCAGUCUUAGGGAAGUAGAGAUUCUUAUAUUAAGUUGUUUGCUUAGUUUUGGCUGUUUUGUUUUCAUUGUGGUCUCCUAUGUACAGAUCUUCAGGGCUGUGCUGAGGAUCCCUUCAGAACAGGGAUGGCACAAAGCCUUUUCCACGUGCCUCCCUCACCUGGCCGUGGUCUCUUUGUUUUUAAGUACUGGUGUGAUUGCCUACCUGAAGCCUCCCUCUAUUUCUUCCCCAUCCUUGGAUCUGGUCAUGUCAGUUUUGUACUCAGUGUUCCCUCCAGCAUUAAACCCCCUCAUCUACAGCCUGAGGAACAAGGACCUGAAGGGUGCAGUGUGGAAUCUGAUAUCUGGAUGA